AUGAACAGCGGUCGCGCGAGGGUCCCGAAGUGCGCGCGAUGCCGCAACCACGGGCUGAUCUCCAGUCUUCGCGGGCACAAGAAGGCCUGCGUGUUCCGCGACUGCCAGUGUCCCAAGUGUGGCCUCAUCAAGGAGAGACAAAGGAUAAUGGCAGCACAGGUUGCUUUGAAGAGGCAGCAGGCGGCAGAAGACAAGAUAGCCCUCCACCUGGCGUCAGUGGAGAGCGGGACGACGCUGGAGGCUCUGCCACCCGGCCGGAUAUAUGGCAUGAGGGUCACCGGGCCCUGCCCCAGUCCGGGACCGGAGCCCGACUCCGCUGCUGAUGAUCAGACACCCAUCCAUAUAGACAGCGAGACAAGCGAUUCGGUUCCGGAUUGCUGCAACCCAACUUCGGAUUCUGUACCAAGAUCCUUAUCUUCACCCACUUGCUCGGCCUCAACCGAGGACACGGACAGUUCGGCGGUGAGCUCAGCCAGCUUGGAGAUGCUGAAGAAGUUGUUCCCCGGCAAGAAGCGGUCGGUCCUGGAGCUGGUGCUGCGUCGCUGUAACCACGACCUCCUGCGAGCUGUUGAGCACUGUAACGCGGUGCAUGGCCAACGGGACAAGCCAUUCCCCAGCGCUGCAGUGAGUCCAUCAUACGAUGCAUCAGUAAGCAGCUCGGAGGAGACUAGGACGAGAUGGUCUGCGUUCAGACCAGUCGGCCCACGCGCCCCCCUCCUCCCCGCCCUCGUCAUGGGACGAGUCUGCGGCUCCGAGUGGCUGGUACCCCUCCCGGCUCUACCGACCCUGUCCACUCCAUUGCUGCUUCCGUUCCAGCACCAACACGCGCCUCCCAUACAGUGCAACCCUUGUAGUCCAGAAUGCAGGCAAUGUAAUAGCAGCCGACAUUAA